UCAGCCUUCCCCUCUGACCUGUUACCCCGGGCAUUGUUUUCUGUUCUCCAGGGUUGUAGAGGGCAGGCGAAAAACGCCUGGAUUCUGGCUGCUCUCCAGGCCCGUGACCUUCGGCUCUGGGGCCACUGGGCAGCCGCGCCUUUUGGACUGGAGGAGAGGAAGGAGAGGACGCCUGGUUCCCCUGGCUGCUCGGCUCCUCCUGUGACUCUGCCAUGGGCUCACGGAGCUCUCAUGUUGCGCUCAUUCCCGAUGUGGACCAAAUUCGCAGAGAGACGGGCUUCUCGCAAGCCAGCCUACUCCGUCUCUAUCAUCGGUUCCAAGCCCUGGACAGGGAGGAAAAGGGCUUCCUGAGCCGCUUAGACCUCCAGCAGAUCGGAGCGCUGGCUGUGAACCCCCUGGGUGACCGCAUUAUAGACAGCUUCUUCCCCAACGGGAGUCAGAGAUUGUAUUUCGCAGGCUUUGCCAGGGUCCUGGCUUAUUUUCGACCUAUAGAUGAAGAAGAUGCCACACUCCGAGACCCCAAGCAACCUGAACCCCUAAACAGCAGAAUGAACAAACUUCGCUUUGCAUUUCAGCUCUAUGAUCUGGAUCGGGAUGGGAAGAUCUCCAGGAAUGAAAUGCUACAGGUUCUCCGCCUCAUGGUUGGGGUCCAGGUGACAGAUGAGCAGUUGGAGAGCAUCACAGACCGAACAGUGCAGGAAGCUGAUGAAGAUGGGGAUGGGGCCGUGUCCUUCCUGGAGUUCACCAAGUCCUUAGAGAAGAUGAACAUCGAACAAAAAAUGAGCAUCCGGAUCCUGAAGUGACCCCUGUGUCUUUGACUCAUGGUUCUUGACUUGGCUGCCUUCUUGCAUUGGGACCAUUCCUGGGAGUACAAAGGGUCGACAGCUAUCCAGAUUACAUCCUCUUAGCCUACUGACCCAGAAGAAGCCAUGUCUUACUCCAGAAACACCAACCAAGCAGCAUCAUUGACCUGGCUGGGUCUUUUCUCUAUUUCCAGGUGAAUGGAACAUUCAAAAAAAACCAAAAACCAAAAAACAAAACAAAAAAACCCUA